AUGUUCGAUUGGCUGUGGAACUUGCUGAGUUACCUCGGGCUCUACUACAAGAAUGCUAAGAUACUUUUCCUUGGCUUAGACAACGCCGGGAAGACGACGCUGAUGCACGUCUUGAAAGACGACCGGCUAGCGCAACACGUUCCGACACAACACGCCACUUCAGAGGAGGUCAUAUUGGGAAACGUGCGGUUUCGCGCAUUUGACCUUGGUGGUCAUGAAGUAGCACGCCAGAUCUGGCGAAACUACUAUACAAACGUUGAUGCGAUCGUUUACAUAGUCGACGCGAACGACCGAGAGCGUUUCCCCGAGAGCAAGGCUGAACUCGAUCGCCUCCUCGCCGACGAACAGCUCAGCGAUGUGCCGUUUCUGAUUCUCGGGAACAAAAUCGAUAUACCGUAUGCAGCAAGUGAAGAAGAGCUGCGGACGGCGUUGGGUCUGCACCACCUGACGACCGGCAAAGCGGGCGCCCCGCGCGGAAUGAACGCCCGAGGCGCCAAGGACGUGCGGCCUCUGGAGAUCUUCAUGUGUAGUGUUGUUCGUCGCAUGGGGUAUGCAGAGGGCUUUCGUUGGCUCGCUUCUUACCUUUAA